AUGAAGAACUCAGAAAAACACUUGUUUUCUUGUAUGCAAAUAGUUUUCAUUAUUCUUAGCUUAUUAUGUUUCACAACAAGAGUUAAAGCUAAUUUUAACAAAAAAGUCUCUGGCUUUUAUGUGUUUGGAGAUUCCACAGUAGACCCUGGAAACAAUAACUACAUAGAAACACUUUUCAAAAGCAAUUUUCAACCUUAUGGCAAAGAUUUCGAUGACCAAGUUCCUACUGGGAGGUUCACCAAUGGAAAAUUAGCCACUGAUUUUAUUGCUUCUUAUGUAGGUGUGAAAAAAGAGCUUCUUCCAGCUUAUUUGGACCCAAAAGUUAUUAACAAUGUUAAUGAGCUUAUGACAGGAGUUAGUUUUGCUUCUGCUGGUUCUGGUUUCGACCCUCUUACACCAUCUAUCUCUAGUGUGAUUCCGAUACCGAAUCAAUUGGAAUAUUUAAGAGAAUGUAAAAUGAAGCUCGAAAAAGUGAUUGGUAAAGAAGGAACUGAGAAUCAUAUGAAGAAAGCAGUGUUUUUCAUGAGUGCUGGAACAAAUGAUUUUGCUCUUAAUUAUUUUACUCUGCCAGUAAGAAGAAAUAGCUAUUCUCUCUUAGGAUAUCAGCAGUUCUUGAUUCAACGUGUCAAAGAAUUUUUACAGGAAUUGUUGGCAGAAGGUGCUCAGAAAAUUGCAAUAGCUGGAGUCCCUCCAAUGGGAUGCCUACCAUUCAUGAUCACAAUCAACUCUCCUAAUGCCUUCUCACAACGUAAUUGUAUCGAAAGAUUUUCCUCUGCUGCUAAAGAUUACAAUCAACUCCUUCAACAUGAACUAAACACGAUGCAGUUUCACCUGAACUCCUCAAAUUCACCCGUAAAAAUCUAUUACAUUGACAUAUAUGAACCCCUAGCCAAUAUGGUUCAAUCACAUAAGAAAUAUGGAUUUGAAGAUAUUAAUAGUGGAUGUUGUGGAAGUGGAUACAUUGAAGCAGCAAUUUUGUGCAAUAAGGGUUGCAAUGUGUGCCCUGAUCCAUCUAAGUAUAUGUUUUGGGAUUCAAUUCACCCCACAGAGAAAGCAUAUCACAACCUUUUUUUGGCUUUCAAAUCCACCGUUGAUUGCAUUGUCAACAACUAG